AUGUCCGCGAAGCCAGUCUCUUCCGUGCUCCAAGCAUGGUAUAAAUGGAAAUCUCUCCGCCUCCCCUGGCGGCGUCGAGUCCUCGUCGGCUUCGACCUCAAAGGCAACACAUACUGGGAAUUCCGCAUCCCCGGCACAUCCCCCUCCUCCCGCUGGCGCCGCAUAGUCCACUACCCCCGCUCAACGCACUACUCCGAAGUAAAAGUCCCUCCCGAAUGGCACCAAUGGCUUCGCUACAUGCGGCCCGACCCGCCUAGCAUUGGCGAACAGAAGGCCGAGGUCGCGCGGCAGGAGCGCAUCAAGAUAUUGGCGGCGCAGGCUGAUGCGCGGUGGGAGGCUAAGCCUAAGGUUAUGCAGGAUACCGGGUCGAGUAGCGGGGCGAGGUUGCCGAUUGGGCCGGCGGUACCGAGUGUCGAGGGCAAGAGUUCGCCUGGAGAGGCGGUGGAUACUGGUGCGACGACGACACAAAGCGUGGAAAGGCCAGCGAGAAAGGAGGCAGAGGAAAGCGUUGAGAGUAAGGCGGAUCCUUGGGCGAGGGCGAGAGCGAGAGGGCCGAGUGAGGAUUGGCAGCCGGAAGCUUGGACGCCGCCGAGUGCAAAGAGGUGA